AUGAUGAACGAAGAAGACAAGAACCAAGAAAUUGACAGGAAGAGAAAGCAUAUAAACACCACCAACAACAACAACAAUCAAGAUUUCACAUUCACAAACACAUACCAUCAAGAAUUUGACGAUGAGCUUGAACUUUCGCUUUCUUUACCUAGGCAAAAAUCGUCAUUACUAUCGUCAUCGUCAUCGUCACCACCAUCACCGUCACCAUCACCACCAGCACCACCAUCUCCAUCACAACUAUCAAUGCAAGCCCUUUUAGCCCAAAACCCAUCUCAACUUCCUCUUCAACUCCCUCCUUCACACCCUCUUUACAUGCCUUUCAUGUCUUCGCUACCGUCACCACCACAACACGAUUCUUUAACAUCAACCCCAUUGGUGUACCGUCAAGAGAGUACUCCUACCCCCAUCUUGUCCCGCCCUUCACGUGCUCGUCGUAACUCGACACAGGCCCCACGUGACGGGAAGAGUGACACUGUGCCGGCCCCCUUCCCGUGGGCCACAACGCAUCGUGCUACAGUGCAUACUAUCGAUUACUUGCUGUCCAAGGAAAUAGUUUCCAUCACUGGUGAAGUGCAAUGCAAGCGUUGUGAGCAUCAGUAUGAGAUGGAGUUUGAUCUCAAAGAAAAGUUCAUUGAAAUUGGAAGCUUUAUAGCCGAUCACAAAAACACCAUGCGUGAUAGGGCCCCAAGUGUUUGGAUGAAUCCAGUUCUUCCAACUUGCAAGUUCUGUAAUCAAGAAAAUAGUGUGAAGCCGAUUAUUGCUGAUAAGAAGAAGGAAAUCAAUUGGCUUUUUUUGCUUCUGGGACAAAUGCUAGGUUUCUGCACGCUUGAGCAGUUGAAGUAUUUCUGCAAACACACCAAGAAUCACCGAACCGGUGCCAAGGAUCGAGUUCUUUAUCUCGCAUAUCUUGGAUUGUGUAAACAACUUGACCCAGAUGGCCCUUUUGAUCGAUAA